AUUCGUUUUUUCAAAUCUUCGAAACAUACCAACAAGGAACGCACUUUGAAUAAACCCUAAUUUCAAUUUCCAAAUCACCCCAAAUUUUCAAUUUUAAUUACGAAAAUACGUGAAUAUUAGUUGAUCCAGUCAUAGGAAUUUUGAAUUGCUCCAUUGGAAAAUGAUCGUUAGAACUUACGGCCGGCGUAGUAGAAGUAUGUCUCGAAGUUACUCUGAAUCAGGCUUAAACGACAACGUUUCACAGGAAAAUUCACAAGAUAUUUACAGUUUUGGGUUUUCAUCUCAAGACUCAGUUCACUGGUCAUCGAAUUUCAAUAAUUCGCAAGAUCCAUUUGAGGUUGGGUCAUCUCAAGAAUUGACUAUUUUGCCCUCAAGAAAAGAGGAUAGAGAGGAUUUUGAGGGUGGUCAUGAUGAUGGGGUUUUAUGGAAACCCAAGAAAGUAAAGAUGUUUGAUUGGGAGCCUUAUAGUUUGAAUUCAUCACAAGAAUCAGAUGAAUUUUCAAUGGAAUAUGGCAGUCUUGAGAAAUUUGAUGGGGGUUUGCAAGAACCGAAAAAGGCGAAGAAGACUGGCAAGGGUAAGGAAAAUGGGGUUUUGUUGAAGAAGAAGAAGAAGGUGAAAUCGAAGGAUUUGGGGUUGCCUUCGUUGGGUCCAACGGCGACGUUGAUGGAGACUCAAGAAUGUGGUGAGAUGAUGGAACAUAUGGAUGAAGUGAAUUUCGCGUUGGAUGGUUUGAGGAAAGGGCAGCCUGUGAGGAUAAGAAGGGCGAGUUUAUUGUCGUUGUUAUCUAUAUGUGGAACAGCUCUGCAGCGUCGCCUUUUAAGGGCUCACGGGAUGGCAAAAACAAUUAUUGAUGCUGUUUUGGGACUCAGCUUUGAUGACUCACCUAGCAACCUUGCUGCAGCAGCUCUAUUCUACAUUUUGACCAGUGAUGGAGGAGACGACCACCUUCUCGAUUCACCCAGCUGCAUUCGCUUUCUUAUAAAAUUGUUAAAACCAAUUGCUGCUCCUGCUUCCAUAGCAAAAGCUCCAACUAUUGGGAGCAAACUUUUGGCGAUGCGCUUAGAUGCUGAUGUUUCUCAGGAUUGUGUAAAAGGGCUAGAUUCUACUUCCUCUUCAAUAACCCGCAAGGUGCAGGACGUUCUUGUUUCUUGCAAGGAAAUAAAGCCAAAUGAUGUAAAUGAUGGACACAACAGACCAGAGUUAAACCCAAAAUGGAUUAGUCUACUGACAAUGGCAAAAGCUUGCUUGUCUACUAUCUCUAUUGAAGAUACUUCUGGUACUAUGCGGAAAAGUGGGGGCAAUUUCAAAGAAAAGCUGAGAGAGCUUGGAGGACUUGAUGCAGUCUUUGGGGUGGCAAGGAGUUGUCACUCUGUUUUGGAGGGGUGGUCAAAGCAAAGCUCACAGUCUAUCUUAGAUUCUAAAUAUAAUGCUGCUGUAGAAAGUCUGGUGCUACUCUUAAAAUGUUUGAAGAUCAUGGAAAAUGCGACCUUUCUUAGUAUGGACAAUCAGAAUCACUUACUUCAAAUGAAAGGGAAGUUUGAUAGUCUGAACUCCCCAAGGUCUUUCACAAAGCUAAUCUUAAGUGUGAUCAAGAUUCUCUCAGGGGCUUCCCUGCGUAGAACUUCUUUGGAAAGUUCCAAUGAUGGAAAAGUCUGUAACCUCUCUGAUGGAACUGCUCGUGCUUCAGAAUUACGUUCACUAUCAGACAACAAGGAUGGUGGUUGUCAGAUUUUGUGCAUUGAUUCUUCUACGACAUGCUAUACAAGUGAAGGUUCCUGUUCCCAGAAGAACUUAAGUGAAACUCAAACUGAUCAGAUUGGUUCGUCCAGAUCUAAUUUAGAUUCUGCUAGCACUUCCAGCGGUGAUUCGUGGCAGCUUAAAUUGAGGAUUGAAUCCUCCAAGUCCGGGUCAUGUAGUGGAGCUUCUGAGGACUUCGGUUUUGGGGUCAACAAGAAUUCAUCAAGAGUGAAUUUUUUGAUUGGUGAUAGUCAAAGAAGUAAUGGAGAAAAGAGUCUUGAACUUAUGGAAGAGAGUCAAGACCCUUUUGCAUUUGAUGAUGAUUUUGAACCUUCACGAUGGGAUUUACUUUCUACUAAGCAAAAGCCGUCGCAAACUCAAAUUAGGCAGACAUCACUUCUUGAACGUGAUGAUGAAUACCAAUCUCUCAUUGUGCGAAGCCAGCAAGAGUCAAGUAGCCAGGAGAACAAACAAGAGGCUAGUAGCAAGGAGAACAAUCAAUCUGGUCAGGCCUCUUGUUCUUCAGAUGCAGAUGCGGAAAUGUCGACCCUUCUGGCAGAUUGCCUUCUCACAGCUGUUAAGGUCCUGAUGAACUUGACAAAUGAAAACCCUAUGGGCUGUCAGCAAAUUGCUGCCAGUGGUGGACUGGAAGCUUUGUCUGCUUUGAUCGCCAGCCAUUUUCCAUCCUUCAGCUUGCAUUUGGAUUGUAAUGGGUCAUCAAAAUCAAGUGUUGGGUCUGACAGUGAUGGCCAUCUCAGUGAUCAAGAACUAGAUUUUCUUGUUGCUAUUUUGGGUUUGCUUGUCAAUUUGGUGGAGAAGGAUGGCUGCAAUAGGUCUAGACUUGCAGCUGCUAGUGUUUCAUUGCCUGGAUCAGAAGGUUUGUUUGAGGGGGAGACCCAGACAGAUGUAAUCCCUCUGCUAUGUGCAAUCUUUCUGGCAAAUCAAGGGGCUGGAGAGGCUGCUGGGGAAGGAAAAAGUUUGCAAUGGGAUGAUGAAGAGGCUGUAUUACAGGGAGAGAAAGAGGCUGAAAAAAUGAUUAUUGAAGCUUAUUCAGCUCUCCUUCUUGCCUUCCUUUCAACUGAGAGCAAGAGCAUACGGCAGGCAAUUGCUGGUUACUUACCAGAUCAUAAAUUGUCCGUUCUUGUACCCGUGCUGGAGAGAUUUGUGGAAUUCCACAUGACGCUGAACAUGAUUUCACCGGAGACUCACUCGACAGUGCUUGAAGUAAUAGAAUCUUGUAGAGUUCAGUGAGAGCACGAGACCUCGAUCGCUUCCUUUUCCUUCGGCAUCUUUUCCUCGAAGAUGGUAACAAUGAGACUUUGUACAGCUUACUACCCUUCUCUGCAGCAUUGGUGGUCAUCCAUUGGUGCAUUACAAAUCCUAUCUCAGGUUUUGUGAGUCGUGGCCCUUGUUUGACUAUGAUUUCUCUAGUCUUUAGAGAUUUUUUUUUCUUCCUAUUUUUCAGCCGAUUAUCACCACGUGGUGUGUGGGCUGAGAUGCUUGUACAUGAAGAACGAUUAUGAAUGUGAAACAAGAUUGUAAUUUGUAGUAAUUUUUAGUGAAGAUUUCUCUA